CCCAAAACAAAAAAGAAAAAUUAAACGAGAGGGUCACUUGUCACUUACCCUCUGCUUCUCUCUCUAAAAAGAGGAGUCUCAGUUCAACUUCGCUUGCAUUCAUUCCGUACGAUCAUAUUAUCUCCGUUCGAAACCACCGGAAAGUUUCCGCAUCUCCGUCGCUAUUCCGUCACGGACUCUUCCUUUCAACCGCUGCAUGUUUCCACUUCGCGAGAUCCAUUUCCUCUGGAGAUCGUUCGGUUUAGGGUUACGCGGUUGUUUCUGGAGCCAUUGGUGUGGCUCGGAGUUUGAAUCAUGCUGACGUAAGGUAUCCGGUGACCUGAAGUUUGUUGUUCUGUAGAUAUAUUCAAUUUUUGCAACCGGAAGAGUGUUUUUGCGGUAAGAUCAGUGUUCGUAUAGUUUUUGCCCUUUCGUUAAUUUGAUCGUAUGAUACCUUACUUAAGAAGUAGAUAAUUUAACCUAGAAUAGCUGUAAUUUUGUUAGAAACUUGAUGAAUUGCACAAUUUGUAUCUGUGCGAGAAUUAGGUUUUAAUAUAAUGCCCUAAUUUAAUAGGAAAACAGUAUAUAAGUAGAUGCUGUGGUUAGAGAGUGUAUGUGUGUUUUUCUAGUGAUGAUUAUAGAUUUAUAGGGGAAUAUUAGGCUUGAGAAGUGAGUUUUGGAUUUUAGUUAUGGAUUCCGUAGGCGAGAUUGAUGUCUUGCUGUAAUAUUCCAGGGAAGGUGGAUUGGGUGUAAAGUGUUAGGGGAGUAAUGGCAAAGAAGGAUAGGUUUCCUGAUGCUUAUUCUGGUGGAUAUGUUGUUAAUGAAGAGUCGGAAGGGUCUGGCUGUUUGGGACAUGAUCGGAAUGAAACACAUGGGUAUGAAAAUACAAGUGGCCCUAGAAAGAAGUGGAUUAAGUUGAGUUCUGCUACACAUGAUGGUUUUGGUGUGCCUAUACGAAGCAUCCCCUUGCCGGCACUGGCAUCUUCUGAGAAAGAGAAGUGGUUACUUCGCUUGCGUUCUGAACUUGAUCAGGUUAGGGGAUUUCAGAAGAGAGUUGACGUCGACAGGGCACAGGUUACAGUGUCAUCAUCCAGCAAUGUUGUUGGUUGUAGCAAUGGACAAGGGAACCAAACAAAUGUUAGGAAAUCAGUUGAUCCACAAGCUCAGAAAGUAAGUAGCGUGAACCGGGGUGCUGCUGGAAGGCCUCAAUCUGUAAAUGAGCCAGCUAAUCCAGCUGCACCUGAGACUUUCAGUCUACUUUUGAGGAAACAGUGUGAGACUUUGUUAAAAAAGUUGAUGACACAUCAGCAUAGUUGGGUGUUUAACAAGCCUGUUGAUGUUGUUGCUCUGAAGAUUCCGGAUUACUUUAAUGUUAUUAAGAAACCCAUGGAUUUAGGGACCAUAAAAACGAAACUUUGUUCAGGAAGUUAUUCAAGUCCGUCUCAGUUUGCUGCUGAUGUCAGGCUCACAUUCUCCAAUGCCAUGACAUACAAUCCUCCUGGCAAUGACGUGCAUAUAAUGGCGGAUGUUCUUAGUAAAUUUUUUGAGCUAAGAUGGAAGCCUAUUGAGAAAAAACUACCAGUAAACGGUUCUCAACAGCCGACGGUUCAUGAAGAGAUUGAUUUAGUUAAGCCUAUGCCAUCUUCAAAGAAGAGAAAAAUGACCUCAGUUCAACCAAACGUUCCAAACCUAUUGGCAGAGCCAUCUAAGCCGGUGAUGAGUAAUGAUGAUAAAGUUAAACUAAGUAGGGAGUUGUUAACUCAUCUGGGAGAUCUACCAGAUAAUAUCAUCAACUUUUUGAGGCAACAUGGUUCAAACAAGAAUGAUGCUGGAGAGGAUGAGAUCGAGAUCGAUAUUGACAAUCUUAAUAAUGAAACUGUUUUUGAAUUGCGUAAGAUGUUGGAUGACCAUAUCCGAGAGAAACAAAAUCAUGCCAAAGCAGAACCUUGUGUUAUUGAGCUUCUGAAUGAAUCAGGGCUUAGCAACUCAACUAUGCAGCUGUACAAAGGGAAUGAUCUUGCGGAUGAGGAUGUAGAUGUUGCUGGGAAUGAGCCUCCCGUUUCAAGUUAUCCUUCAGUUGAAUCGGAUAAAGGAACAAACAUAAACAACACCAAAGAAGCACGUGAUUCUGAUUCUAGCUCUUCAGAAAAUGAACUAAAAGAUGUUAAAGCUUCUAGUUCGUUUAGUGGAGCAAAGGAGGAAACCACUGUGGCUGAAGCAGAUUUGGGUCAGAAGACAGGCAUGACCUAUCCAGUUGAAAAUAGGCCGGCUAGUGCAUUGGACCAUGCUGAGCAAAAUUCACAGCAGAAGCCAAACUCCAUUGAAUUAGAUAUCCAGAAAGAUGAUGGGGAUAGUGCUCCUCCAAGUGAAAGUCAGGUUUCACCUGAUAAACUCUACCGAGCUGCUCUCUUAAAAAACCGAUUUGCUGAUACGAUUUUAAAAGCUCGAGAAAAAACAUUCAACCAGGAUGAAAAGGCUGACCCGGAGAAAUUACGUCGUGAGAAGGAACAACUUGAAAAUCAAAAAAGGAAAGAAAAAGCUAGAAUUCAAGCAGAAGCCAAAGCAGCAGAAAAUGCUCGAAGGAGAGUCGAGGCUGAAGCUGCUGCAGAAGCAAAACGGAAAAGAGACCUUGAACGUGAAGCAGCUCGACAGGCAUUGUUAAAGAUGGAAAAGACGGUUGAGAUUGACGAGACAUCUCGGUUCCUGAAAGACUUGGAAAUGCUAAGGACUGCUGACCCGGAACAACUGUUGCCAAGUUGCUUAGAUGAGAUAAGCCCUGAACAUGAGUCUCAAGAUGGGUUAGGCAGUUUCAAUUUCGGGUCCAGCAAUCCAUUGGAACAACUGGGGUUAUACAUGAAAAGGGAUGACCAUGAAGAUGAAGAUGAAGAAGAAAUCGAGUUAGAGCCUGCCAAUCGGCCUGAGGUGGUAAAUAAUGAUGUGGAAGAAGGUGAAAUCAAGUGAGUGCUGGUGUGGUCUUAUAAAUUAUUGGAGGUUAGGGAGAAUUUUGGAAUGAUGUUUGUUGUAUACAUGAUGUUGUGAUGAUGAUGAGGUUCUCUAAAGUAAAAGUUAAAUGAAGCAAUGAAGAAACCUUUGUUUUCAUCUUAAAAA